UCAACAACAGGUUGGUAAUGAAUAUAAAUGAUCGAUUUGCAUUCAUUUCUCAACGGGACACUUGUUUGAAUGAAACAAAGAAUUUAGAAAAAAAGUUUUUCAUCAUCAGUGAAUAAAUAAAUAAAUUCCACCCUCUAAUCAUUUAUAGUAAAACGCAGUUGCUUAAAUAUUUUCCAAACAAAACCUAGAAUACAGAUAACAUAUAAAACAAAAUGAAGACUAAAAUAAUCACUAAACCUUAAUGCAAGACAGGCAUAUUUAUUUAUUUCAAAAUGCCUAAACUUUUAGGUAAAGGAAAAAAAAGCAAAUAAAUUUGAGAACUAUAAGAUCAACAUUUACAUUUUCUAACUUCCAAACUAAUUUAUUUUAAAGAAAAAACAAAUCUAAAUAAAAUUUCCUGCGGAGAUCGUAGCUGUUAACACUGAGUGCAAGUUGCAGGCAAAUAACCGGAGCCAUGUUUGCCUUCAGGAGCUCAUAAAUCACCGAGGUGGCAUGAAAGAGACGGACGUUAAGGAGAGCAAUUGUCGCGUAAUGUGCACAAAUAAUAAAAAACACCCACUUACGUUUUCAUACGGGACUCCCCGACUCCUAAAACUAAAAAAGGGGCCGAGUCACUGCAUGCGUUUGGUAAUAAUUCAUUUUUAUAGCUUGUUUGAACACGGCUCAUGGCUCAGAGACAGCAGUAGCAGCAGUAGCAGCAGCCGGCUCGGGAUUAAGAGGCUGCGCUCAAACUUAAGCCAGACUCCUUUCGGUAUAUUGAACAUUUAUCAAAUUCACUCCGAAGAAAAGCUUUCUCAAGUAGAGAUUAUUGUCUAAGCUUGUUUAACAGGAAAUUAGGCGUGUUUGGAGGAUUUUACCACAUUACUGGACGCUCGUAUGUUUCAGCUGCGCCUUAAAGCCUCCUAUUCAAUAAAGGAUUAUUUCUAAUCUUGCUCAAUGUGACUCCUCGUCAGGAAUGGGGUUUUUACUAGACGUAUUAAAUCAACACAACACAUCUGAGCCUGAUGCUAGAAACCACCAGUUGAAAUGAAUCGAUUAAAAAACGUUUGCACAUCAACUCGAACUUUUCACUGAAAAAUCUGAAAGCUAAGCAACUGUUUCUGUUUAUUUAUUAUUUGGCGAAUAGUUAGGAGUUAUAUGUCCCUGUGUGUGUGCAGAUGUGGUUAGGAUGAGGAUUGGGGGGAGGUGGGGACACUAAGUGGGGCUAAAAAGUAAAUUCAACUUUUUUCCCUCCCAUGUCUUUUCGACUAACCCUGGUGGAGGCCGUUUUGACCAAAUCAUUCCGAGACAGUGCGCCUUUUCUGUGCUCCUGCAGCUCACACAAAGAGCCGUGAAAAGCCUUACGAGGUUCCGGCAUGUGGCGACGCUGCUUCUUUCCACGAGCUCAGUGAGGCAGGAGCCUUCGCCCACUCACCGCAGAGGCAGCUGGAGGAGACAGAGAGAAGAGGGAGGGGGGACGGUGGGAGUGGAGGGGAAUUGAACCCAGUGGGCUUUUUCCACCCCUCCCCGCUGAUGGGAAGUUUCAAACAAAUUUCACUUUGUUUUCAUUUUUAUUUUACGGUGACGUCACAUUUCCCCUAUCGAAACCUAAACUCUCAAAGAUUCAAAAAGGCAACCUCUGUUCAACAGAGAAGCUGCAGCAAUUAAAAACAACAACAACAACAAAAACGCAAAGGAAAAUAAGAAAUUUAAGAUGUCGGUCUCAUUACAAAUAACUUGAUGCACUUUAGUCGGAAAGCAACUUAAUCAAAACCCACAAAAGAUGUUUAUUGACGCCUUACGGUGUUCAGAAAGUUGUUGAGGUUGGUUGGUGUAAUGUGUUAUCCAAGCCUGACUCUUUUACGUAAGACUACAUUUGAAGCGACGGCCUAAAAAAGAUCAUUUGAACCAACACAUUCUCACUAAACUAACAUAUUUUCCACGAUGACGUCAUAGGUUAGCCAAGCCUGACUUCUUUGAUAGUGCUCAAUUUGAAGCUAAGGCCUUAAAAAGAAAAAGUCACUUUUUAAACAUAUUUCCCAGACUGAAUAGAGAAGGCGACCCACAGUCCUGAAAAAACGUCAGAGCUCAGACGUUCAGCGGUCUGAGCUCUGUAUCAGCAGCGUUGUGGGCGUUUAGCUUCUCUUGGCCUCUGGGGGCGCUCGCUUCUCCAUGAGAUCCUUUACUUCUCCCUCCCCUUUCUUCUCCUUCCUCGGUGAGAGGUUGUGCAUCUGCCGCAUGUCUCCCACGCAUACUUCCCCCCGCCCCUGCCCUCCGUCUCUCUCUCUCUCUCUCUCUUUCUGCUCUCCAGGCUCUCUCUCUCACUCCUCUUCUUUUCUGCGGCCAUUCAUUUCUCCGGCAGCUUUAUUUGAUGAUCUUAACAGGAUAAUCAGCCCACACUCACACCUCAGGCUACAUAGGCGCAUUUAAGACCUCCUCUCAUUAUUAUAUCAUUUGAUCACCGUACAUGCGUAAUGAAUACAUGUGGGAGUGAAACCACAGUAGAUGGCAGACCCUCUGACCUGCUAGAGAUGAAAAAAUGAAUACCCCAUCAUCCUAAUGGUGAAUGUGUUGUCUUGCCUCUUCAUCACCUGUGACAACCCAAACAUGAAGCAGUUGCGUUUUUUUUGUUUGUGCGUUAUUUUAUGAAUGAAAUGAGAACAAAAACCAACUACCAGUUUAGUGCAAAGAGUUUGUUUUGUGUGUGUGUCGUGUGGCGUGAAACUACAUGUACAGGACGGGAGAUUUAAGAACAUACCACGACAGGGGCGUCUCUUAAAGACUUUGUACGGGGUCGGGGGCCCACUAUUAACUUCGAACCAAGACAAAAGCCUUAGAAGAAUUAGCAGAGCUUUUAUUUUGGUAUUUUUGUUACAGUUAAAUUUGAAGUUAAGUAAUAAUAAUAAUAAUAAUAAUAAUAAUAAUAAUAAUGAAUCAAUAUUCUUGUGUAGAAUAUAGAAAUCAUAAAAUUUAAUCUGUUAUUUUUGUUAAGUGUCAGCUUACACUUUAAAAGGAUUAAAAGGGUAGAUUUUUAAAAAGUAAGUUGUGUCAAUUUAAGAUGUGAAUCUAAUCAGUAUACUAAAAACGGACAUGUUUGUAAAAUAUUUGUUGUUUGUGGUUACAGUUCAGUGUUGCCAAUUUAACCAUAUCUGCUUCCUCAGUCUAUCCUGGAGUGACAUUUUAUAUGAAUCGUAACAAGUAAGAUUUGUUGGCGCUUCUUUCCUGACAUUUGAACACCCAAUUUAAUAGGUCAGAGAAAAAAGAUGGUCUCCACAAUAUAUUUAUUAUUAUUUAUUGAUUAUUACCCAGACCUAAUGUGAGAUUAACUUUGUGUUUAUGCUCUUCCUUAUAGGAUAGGGUUGAGAAGCUUGCCUAACUCUGAAGCGUACAGAUUGUUGUCUUGCAUCAAUAAGUAAAACUACAUGCACAGAAUGGAGAAUGAUGUGACAGUGGGUGGUGUGAGGUCGGUCACUCCUGUAAAUCUGCUCUCAGCCCCUCCACCAACCAGGCCUGACAGUUUCAGAUAGACUCUAUGUUAAGAGAAAACAAGCCUCUGUGAGUUGUAACAUUUAUUAAUUUUUUUUCUAUUUAUACAUUUGGAGUUUGCACAGUGGCAUAGUUGGCAUUGUGAGCUUGCAUUAAUAAGGUUUUGGGUUCAAAUCGACGCCUAUAGGCUCUAUGUGGAUGGAGUUCUUGUGUGGAUGUGAGGGUUCUUUACGAGUGCUCCGCAUUUCUCUAGAGUCCAAGCAGGUGACUCUUAGGUCAAUUGGUAUUUUAAAUGCGUCUGCAUGGCUGUUUGCCCCGUGUGUCUCUGUGCUGCCCUGUCCUGUUCCUCACCCAAUGACUGCUGGCACCAGUUUCCCCCCUGACUUCCUCCCUGCAAGAAUAAGCGGGUAGACAAUAGAUUUAUUUAUUUAUUUAUUUGAGCCUCUUACUGAAGGUUCUCUGCCUCUCUUUCCUCACGACUUCACGACUUCACUAAAAAAUAAAGAUAUGGAUAAAACGAUAACAUUGUUUUGAUAUGACUUCUGGUUUUUGUUUCCCACACAGUAUCCUCAUUGGUUCCUAUCUGGUCUGAGGAAGUUCUGAAGACGCCCCUGCUGCCACAUGAGGUGGAGUGUACAAUAGGCAAACACAGAUUCCUUGACAAUGAUACUCCCAUUUCGUACCAAUUCAAUGCCAUUUCAUUCCAACAUACUUUCCAUGUACACUGUGAACAAACCAGGCUAUAUCUGCCUAAAAAAUCAAGUGUUUUUAUCAAUUAUUCAGAUAAACAGAUAUAAAAUGUUCAACUUUCCACUUUUACAUAAACUGUGCCAUAUAGCCUGAUAUCUGAUGAUUUCAUAUUCCAUCCUGCUCUCUCCUCCUGCUAAUAGAAUUCAUUAGUUGGAGUUGUAAACACACUUUACAGCAGAGAUGACUGAAGGAUAAAAAAAAUACAAGUUGGUUGUCAGAGAAGGUACAAAGCAAAGGGUCACGAACUGAUACAUGGAUCAGUCCCGGCUCCUUUACAUACCUGCAAAAAAACAGGUACAAAAUGACGGAAAGAGGUGAAAUUAAUUGCACCUCUAAAUCUUCUACUGCUUCAUUUAACAGUUCAUAACAAAAGAAGAAAACUGUAGAAAAAUCUAGAAAGGGAAAGGUUGCUCGUUUCAAUAUUGGGAGGGCAAUGUUCCUGCCUCUUCCUUACUGUCACACUGUGACAAUAUUUGCAGAGUAAAAUCCCAUAAUGUUCAAGCGUGAAACAUUUCGUAUCGGAAUGAGACAUUAAUAGCCCAUACAUACCCCGCGGCAAUGGUACGCGCACACACACACACACACACACACACACCCGCGCGCGCACACACACACACAGACACACAGAGGGACACUCAUACUUGGCCAUCCAUCCAAGAGCGACUGACGGUGCUACGCAUGUGACAACGCCGCUGUUACACUCGAGCAAGACACAUGCACACCCCCACACGCGCUAAACCAAAAAUAGGCUACCUGGGGGUCAGAGUGCAGGGCCGUCCUCACGGUGAGGUAGCAGAGGAUGAAAAGUUAAUCUCUCCACCGGUGCAGGAGCGCGCAGCGGGGUUGCUUGCAGCAGCCCUGCUCCCCGCAUGCGACCCCGGGACUGUCCACCUCCGUCUGCCUCCUAGCUCAUUGUUUGCUUGGCCAAUACAUUAACGGCAUCGCGCGUCACCUUGAUCGACGAGCGCUCGGAAUUUAAAUAGCCCCUCAAACACCAAUCUGUCACCGUCCUAUAGGGGAUAAGGACAAGUGCCUCACUGGCUGACCUGUAGCCACGUGACAGCAGCCGUUCAUUGAUAUCGGUCAGUGCGCGCCCCCUCCUUCCAACACUGAUAAGGAUAGAGUAUAGGUAAAGGUUGGCACGGUCACUUUGGGCAAGGGUGGGUUAGAGGGCGUUUAGUUGGAGAGGACGGUCCCUCAGCCCCUCGGAGAACGAUGCCACAAUGAGCAGCUUCUUAGACUACUCGGUGAUGAGCGGAGAAGGUGGCUCAUGCUCCAUCAGGGCUUUCCACUCGGACCACGGGAUUACAGCUUUCCAGUCCUGCGGGGCUGCUGUCAACAGCUGUGGGGCGGAUGAGCACUUCGUGGCAAACAGGACUUCUCCUGACAGCCUCCACCAUCAGCCGGCGUCUUACCAGUCUUCUGCAAACACGUUGGGUCUCUCCUACGGAGCCCACCCGGCCUGUAGCUCCAGCUAUGGGCCCCAAAGUUUUUGUGCAACAUAUAACCACUACACGCUGAACCAGGAAGUGGACUCUGGAGCUGCGUUUCCCCAGUGCGGUCCAUUGAUGUUUUCGGGUAACUUACCCUCCUCCAUGGUUCCUCAGCACCGCCACGGUUACAGUGCCACCCCACUGGGCCAGCUGCAGUAUAGCCACGCUGCCUACGGAGGCGGACUCGAACAAGCACCCCCUUACCCUGGUGGCUCAAACCCUAUGUCACCUCUGCACGCAGCUCACCUGGAGGCUUGUUGUUCACCUCUGUCGGAGGGCGCCUCCUCUGCGCAGACUUUCGACUGGAUGAAGGUCAAGAGGAAUCCACCGAAAACAGGACGAUCCGGGGAAUACGGUUACGCAGGUCAGCCGAACACUGUCCGGACCAACUUCACCACCAAGCAGCUUACAGAACUGGAAAAGGAGUUUCACUUCAACAAGUAUCUGACGCGGGCGCGCCGCGUAGAGAUCGCGGCCGCGCUGCAGCUGAAUGAGACUCAGGUAAAAAUCUGGUUCCAGAACCGGAGGAUGAAGCAGAAAAAGCGUGAGAAGGAGGGGCUGCUGCCGGCCAAAGCUCCCCCCGCAGAACGGGAGGAAAUCAUCCCGGAGAAAAUGGACGAUGCAGCAUCUGAGAGGUCGACCUCGUCUUCCCCCUCUACUCCCUCCCCCUCAUCCUCCACCGUGUCUUCGACGGGCACUGACACUUACGCCUCCAACUGAGGACCAACUCUUUACCUCUUUAGGCCACGUGAGCCUGACCACCAAAGUUAAAGAUUGUUGCGACUGAUAUUUGCGUGUACAUUUAUAGACUUUUGGGGCAUUUCCCAAUAAUACGGACAAUGGCUUAAAGGUUUUAGAGUUGUUGUAUAACCACUAACGUGUCUGCACGAAGCACUAUUGUCCAGUCAUGAUUUGAAAUGUGUUUAUUUGCUGAACAUGUGGCUUCCCAUUUAUAAAACUAAGUGGAAAGACUGCCACCCCUAUGCCCUAUACCAUGACCCAGUGCUGCUUUAUUUAAAAAAUAAAGAGACAAAUCUGCACACACACAAACAAAUACCUCAAAAAAAUAAUAAUAAUAAUAAAAUAGUGCCAAAUUUGUGCACCACCGGCCACAGGCGAUGCUGUUAAUGGGGCAUCACGCAAUCAACGAGAUGACCUCGUUUAUUUAUCGUUAGUGAAUGAAUAGUUACAGUAGCUGUUUCAUCGAUGUCACCUCUGUCUUUUAUUUUGUCUGUGCGCGCGCGCGUGUGUGUGCGUGAUGACUGUUUGAAUGUACUAUAUGGGAUUUGCAUGAUAUGUAAAGCCUUCAUGUAUCACCAGUGGGGCGCUGAGUUUUAUCAGUUGCGGAGCCGGUCCUUCAGGGCUGUGAAAGGCUUUCAUCUGCUGUUCCAUUUAAUCAAGUGGGACGAAUGUAAAGUGUUUUGUCCAGAGAGGCGUUUACGGGUCAA